AUGUCUUCAGUUGUCACUCUUAAUGAUGGUAAUAAAUUACCUUUAGUCGGUCUUGGUCUUUGGAAAAUUCCAAAUGAAACUGCAUCUGAUCAAGUUUAUCAAGCUAUUAAACAAGGUUAUAGAGCUUUUGAUGGUGCUACAGAUUAUGGUAAUGAAAAAGAAGUUGGUUUAGGUUUUAAAAAAGCAAUUGAUGAAGGUCUUGUUAAAAGAGAAGAUCUUGUUGUUAUUACUAAAUUAUGGAACACAUUCCAUCAUCCUGAUAAUGUUGUUAAGAAUUUAAACAAGAAUUUAGAAGAUCUUGGUGUUGAUUAUAUUGAUCUUUAUUAUAUUCAUUUCCCAAUUGCUCAAAAAUUUAUUCCAAUUGAAGAACAAUAUCCACCACAUUUUGGUACCAAGGAUUAUUUAGAAUUUGAAGAUGUUCCAAUCUUGGAUACUUGGAGAGCUUUAGAAAAAUUAGUUGAAGCUGGUAAAAUUAAAUCCCUUGGUAUUUCAAAUUUCAGUGGUGCUUUAAUUCAAGAUUUAUUAAGAGGUGCAAAAAUUAAACCAGUUGCAUUACAAAUUGAACAUCAUCCAUACCUAGUUCAAGAUCGUUUAGUUGAAUAUGCUCAAAAACAAGGAAUCCAAGUUGUUGCAUAUUCAUCAUUUGGUCCAUUAUCAUUUGUUGAUUUAGGUCAAGAUUUAGCAAAAUCAACACCACCAUUAUUUGAAAAUGAUACAAUCUUGAAUAUCGCUAAAAAACAUGGUAAAACUCCAUCACAAAUUUUAUUAAGAUGGGCAACUCAAAGAGGUAUUGCUGUUAUUCCAAAAUCUUCAAAUCCUGAACGUUUAUUACAAAAUUUAACUGUUGAAGAUUUUGAUUUAACUGAAGGGGAAUUGAAAGAAAUUAGUGGAUUAGAUAAGAAUUUAAGAUUUAAUGAUCCUUAUACUUGGUCAGGUUCAGGGUACAAAAGGUUAGAAAAAUCAAGAUCCCAUAGAAUUGCAUGGUUAUUAGAAGAAUUAAAUUUAGAAUAUACUUUAAAAUUAUAUCAUAGAGCAGGUGGUGUAUUAGCACCACCAGAAUUGAAAAAAAUCUUCCCAUUGGGUAAAUCACCAAUCUUGGAAUUAAAUUAUGAUAAUGGUUCCAAACCAAUAAUUUUAGCAGAAUCUGGUCAUAUUAUAAAUUAUUUAAUUGAAAAUUUUGAUUCUGAAGGUAAAUUAACACCUUCAACUCCAGAAGGAAAGCAAAAAGUUGAUUACUAUUUACAUUUUAGUGAAGGUACUCUUGGUUCUCAUUUAACUUAUGUUGCUGUUCAUAAUGUUGGUGUUUCCAAGGCACCAUUUUAUGUUAGACCAAUAAUUUCUGGAUUUGUUGGAAAAUUAAAUGAAUUAUAUGGGUUUAAAGAAAUUAAAGCAUGUGUUGAAUUCUUGGAAUCUGAAUUAUCAAAAGAAUCUAAAAAUAAUACUUCUUCAUCACAAGAAAUUUUCCUUGUUGAAAAUAAAUUAACUGGUGCUGAUGUUAUUUUAUGGUUUAAUAUUCAUAUCUUAUUGGAAUCUGGUAGAGUUGAAGGAUUGGUUAGACAAGAUUAUCCAAGUUUAAGUAAAUGGUUAACUCAAAUGAAUGAAAGAAAAGGUUUAAAAGAUGCUAAUGAAAAAAUCGAAACUUUAGGUGAAGGUGAAUAUCCUGUUUAA